AUGCAGUUCACCACCGCCAUCCUCGCCCUUUUCAGUGUUUCGGCCGUUCUGGCCACGCCGGCCGCCAACAUGACCCCGAACGCCUUCAACGUGUUUAACAAGCGGGCCUCGUUCCCGGUACCCGCCUCCAAGGGUUCUGUCACUUACAAGUCGGCCAAGACCUUCUCGGGCACCUUCGACGGUGGCAUGAAGACGUACGGCCGGGGCGUCAAGUGCACUGGCCAGGACGAGGGCGACGACUCAGACGCCGUCUUCGUCCUCGAGGACGGUGCCACCCUUAAGAACGCCAUCAUUGGCGCUGACCAGAUCGAGGGUGUCCACUGCAAGGGCUCCUGCACCAUCAACAAUGUCUGGUGGGUCGCUGUUUGCGAGGAUGCGCUGUCCCUUAAGGGUGACGGCGAUGCCAAGAUCAUCGGCGGAGGAGCCACCGGCGCUGAGGACAAAGUGAUACAACAAAACGGCAUCGGUACGGUGAGCAUCGACGGCUUCAUCGUGGUCGACUUCGGUAAGCUGUACCGCGCGUGCGGCAACUGCAAGAAGUCGGGCGAACGCAACGUCAUCAUCAAGAACGUUAAGGCGUACAACGGCAAGCUUCUCGCGGGCAUCAACUCCAACUUUGGCGACGUCGCCACCAUCUCUAACACGUGCGCCACCAGUGUCAAGAAAGUCUGCACCGAGUUCAAGGGCACCACCCCCGGCAACGAGCCCAAGGAGGUCAGCUCUGGCGUCAGCUCCCACUGCGUUUACUCCACCAUCAAGUCUUGCUAA